AUGGACAGACGCAGCAGCGAUAACGAGGCAUCGCGACGGCCCGCCAGUCCUGAUGUCUUUGACGACAACCACGAAAUCGACCCCGACGAGGACGACUUUAUGCCCUCGGUAUCAGAUGGCUUCCGCCCGACAAACACCAGCGAAGCGUGGAACAGCGACCGCCAGAACCACGACCGGAUAUCGAUACCGCAGCGGCAAACUUCGACGUCAAAACACCACGACAAGACGGAUCUCCGGAGGACUGCGACGCGAAAUAGUACCGCCAAGGUACGGGACCCGAUACCACAGGAUAGUCGACAACCGCUCAACAGGGGGCCCAGCCACCAUUCGCCGCUGGGACAUCGCGACUCUGUGAGCUCCACGUCUUCGUUUGCGACGACGAGCAAUUCAGAAAACCCGUUCGAAACUGGCCCGAGCCACCCCUAUGGCAUGUACCCGCAGCUUUCAAUGGCACGGCCGCUGAGCGUGGCGACGAGUUCAACCGAGCGACAGCCACACCGGUCCAUGUCUCUGCAGCGCCCGACACAUCCGUACGCCAUGUACUCGCAAAGCGGCAUUGUGGACGAAGAGUCACCAGAAGAGCCGCCAGCCCAGCCACCCGUGCCCCAGGUCCAGUCGUCUAUUCCCGUGGGAUUCCCGGGUCUAGACAAUGGCUACCGCAGAGUGCUCGGACCGGACGGCGAAGAGCAGGAUAUUAUUGGACCAGACGGCCACACUGAGCAGCUUCCACCCUACUCGCGUUUUCCAGAGGAGGGCCCCACCAAGGCGUCUUUGGCGGCAGAAGCAAGCGCGUCGCGCAUUGUCCCAGCACCCCUCCAAGUCGACCCAGAAGAUCCUUUCAACACUCCCGCCUCGCCAACUUCGCCGCUAGGUGAAAGCUCGUCCUCGACAUCCGCGUUACCCGUUGCCCCUCUACUGCCAUCCGUUACACCCGCCCGGUUACCGCCACAAAGACCAGAAACUCAGACGGGCAAUUUGGCGCCCGCCAACUCUACCUCUGCUUCGAGUGGUACUGUUCCAGCCGAGGCUUCUGAAUCAUCGUCUGCCUCACUACUGGCGAGUGAGAAUCACUUUUCGGAAAAGGCAGAGCCAACCGAAGAAAAGAUCAACUGGCGAAAGAGGAAGUUAUUCGGCAAGGUCCCUGUGGGAUUGGCCCUUAUCAUUCUCCUCAUAACACUAGUCUUCACCAUUGCUCUCGGAGCAGCCGUCGGUACUUUUGUCGCAAAUAAGAAGAACAAUGAUCCUAGCCCGCAACGGCCCGCGGGUCCUUCUGACGAAGCACAACCCCAGGUCAUUGGCCAAAACGGAUCACUUUUCGAUGCUGUUCCCAUUUCAGCCCCAGCCGGACUUACGCCUUUGCCUACAGGUUCAUACGCACUUCCGCUCGGCAUACCACAAGAAAGCAACCCGGGAUGCUUGACGCAAGCAAGUCAAUACUCUGCCUGGUCAUGCAAGAUGACUUUCGCCCCGCUCGUCAUAACUAUCAAUGAUACCGUCAUUGGCGACGAGACAUUGCAGGUCGCUUCAAUGAGUGGCGGUCCCUCGGUGCCUAACAAGUCCAUUCUGUAUGGACUUCAGAGUCCUGUUCUCGAUAUGAAGCCGAUGGAGCUCGUGCUAGACCUGGACUACAGAGCUUACGGUCCAGCAUACCACUUCUCUGCCCGGAGUAUUUUGCCGCCCAGGCCACCGAAGCCCUACCGUCUGGCAGCAGAAGCAAGCGCCAAAAUUCUCCCGGCAUACAACGGCGUAGUGAUCCUCCGGAUGCCUGUCAUUGCCAAUGGAUGUUCAAAUGAACAAAAUCCAUACGGGAACUUUGCGUUUUCUGCAAAUGGUUAUGGCGUGUGA